CCGGCUUCAUUAUUUUUUAUUUCUUGCUGGUUCCACCGGUACUCUUUUUUUCGAGGCUGCUUCUCUUCUUCAAUGGAGAAACUGAGGAGAGUAGUGAAGGAGAUAGCCUACGUGCAAGACUACACUAAGCUCUCUACACUGCACCAAUCUUUAAUUCCCAUCCUCUCAUUAGCUUCCUCACUUUACAGAGUUGUUCUCUCUAUCCGCCACUAUCUCUACCACUUUGGCUUCUUCUCUAAGCACAGGUUGCCAGUGCCGGUGAUAAGUGUUGGCAACUUAACAUGGGGAGGAAAUGGGAAGACUCCAAUGGUUGAGUUCAUUUCUUCAUGGUUAGCUGAUUCUGGAAUUUCACCUCUCAUUCUUACUAGGGGUUAUGCUGGUGGAGAUGAAGCUAGGAUGCUUACUAGGCAUCUUCGUGGGAAAGCAGUAAAGAUUGGUGUUGGUGCAAAUCGAGCUGCUACUGCUGCUUGCUUCUUUAAGCGACAUGGUUAUGUAGAUCCUCGUGAUUAUUUAGUUGAGGGCAAAUGGCAUGAACAGAAAGAGGGAAGUCGGAUUAACUCAAGAAAAGUUGGUGUUGUGGUUUUGGAUGAUGGAAUGCAGCACUGGAGCCUGCAGCGUGACAUAGAGAUUGUCAUGGUUAAUGGACUAACACCAUGGGGAAAUCAUCAAAUACUUCCUCUUGGACCUUUAAGGGAACCUUUGAAAGCCCUCGGAAGAGCAGAUGUUGUUGUAAUUCAUCAUGCAAACCUGGUUUCGGAGCAUAAUCUCAGAGACAUCAAGUUAAUGAUCCGAGAAGUUGAAAACUCUCUUCGUAUUUUUUUCACUAGAAUGUCUCCCUCACACUUCUUUGAAGUAGGAAAUAUCAACACCAGAAUACCAUUGGAUAUCUUAUGCAAUGGUGUUGUGCUAUGUGUUUCUGCAAUUGGUUCUGCAAAUGCUUUUGUGCAGGGGAUAAAGAAGAUGGGAACAUUGUAUGUUGAUCGACUUGAUUUCAGUGAUCAUCACUCACUCCAAGACACGGAUAUUGAGAUAAUCAAAAUGAAACUCAAAGAGCUGGAGGAUAAGUUUGGCUCCAUGCCAGUUGUUGUCAUAACAGAGAAGGAUUAUGAUAGAGACCCUGAAAUUCUCAGGCAUUUGAGUCCUUAUAAAGCUAUGGCACUCUGCUCAGAAUUGCAAAUCAUUCCUUGUAGAGACAACGGGGAUGAUGAUUUCAAAAAGCUGUUGAAGGAGCUCGUGGAGAAUGCAGGGCAUGACACAACUACACGUGCUACUUAAAUUAUUCAGAAGGAAAUCCAUGAGGGGGUGCAUGCUUUUCCUAUAUUACAGUCCUUGAGUAAAAGAAACUCCAGUGGAUUCUAGCCAGGCUUCUCCUUGUAUCAGCUCUGCCACAGUGAAUUGCUUGGCCUCAUUUGGAUCAGUAAUGACAUGAUAUCCAGGCCGAUUCACUCUCUUGCUAACACCUGCACCUGGCUCUCUAUUUGAAGACUCGCCAUAAUACAAUGUUUUCAAUGCAAAAUCCUUGCUCUAUUCUGCCCAAACAGUACGAUUAAUAUGUCCCCCAAUAUAAGAUUGCAUAACUACAGUACGUAGGAACCUUUUCUGCCCCAAUUCAAGAUCAGGUUUUGGAAUAAUGAUACAGUUCUGGAUUGAGAUCCCAGUAUUUUGAUUUGGAUCAA